GGGAAACAUAACUGCAAAUUUCAAAUUUUAUAAAAAAAAUAUUCUCAAAAAAUCUGAUAACCAAAUAACAGCAAGUCUUGCUACAGUUAUAUUACAAAAUUCCAAUGAAAAAACGAACAUUGUAACUUUUGAACUCGAGAGUGUAAAAUACAACAAAUUACGCAAGAAUUUAACAAAAUUAACAGCUGCAAGUGGAACAAUUGAAUCUCACGUUCAUAAAACCAUAGAAAAAAUGGAAAACCUGACUUUAGUUUUUGAAUAA